AAAGAAAUUUUCAUUUUUCAUUAUUUGUAAAUGUAAUGAUUACGGUGUUGUAAAUGACAUUUCUUAUGUUAAAUCCAGAUUGAGUUCUUAUGGUAUCUAAUAUAUAACAAAUGAGACGGAUUCUUUACAUGAACCCUAAACUCUAGAAAUUAAAUUGUUUAUAGCUGGCAGUGUAUCUGUCACUGAUACUGCAUGGAAGCGUUGAAAAAAAAAAAGAAUUAUAUAAAUUAAUAUAAUGUUUCAAUUUGUAAUUGCAUAAAACAACAUUUAUUGGAGAAUCUUUACAAAAGCAAAACAAAUUACACCUGUCCCUCCACUAUAUAUUCAGAUUGGAUACAGAUAAUUUUAAAUAUUUUUAAAAUCCCAUUUGUCUUUUAACAUAAUAUGUCUCAACGAAGAGAGAGCGUUUCAUUUUCAACGUUCGUUGGAUUUGGAUGUAUUUUAUAUCUAAUUGGGUGUUCCAUUGAUUCCAUAUUACAUCAAUGGGCUUUUAGAUUACAGGAAAGUAAAAUAAUAGCCAUUGAUGAAACAAAUUAUCGCAACCAAAAUUGUUUUUAUUUGUCUUGGAGAACUGAUUUAGAGUUGAAGACACUCAGAGAAAUUGUCAUACACAAUUCGGGAAAAAAAUUAAAUGCGGUCAAUGAAUCUAAAACAGUAAGAAACAGAUCAGAUAUUUGCAAGCGUUUUGUGACUUUAGAAAGAAGUCGUGGACGACUGGGAAAUCAAAUGUUUCAAGUUGCCGCUGUGUUGGGUGUGGCAUACACUUAUGACAUUGUACCAGUUCUACCAAAACAAUGUCUACUAGCUAAAUAUAUCGAUUUGCCGAAUGCUAUUGAUAAAAGGGAAAUAUUAGAUAAUACGGUUAGAUUUAAGUGCAAAGCCACGGCUUAUUUUAGCGUAUGUCCAGCUGGUGUUUUAGAUUCUAAGUCAAAUAUUACUAUGUAUGGAUGUUUUCAAUCGUGGCUGUUUUUUAAAAAGACACAAGACAUAAUAAGGAAAGUUUUAACUUUAAAAAUAAUACACAGGAUGAAAGCUGAUCAGUUUAUGCGUACAUCAACGAAAAGUGGUUAUAAAAAAGUAUGUAUCCAUAUUCGACGAGGAGACUUUUUGAACGAAAGACAACUAAGGAGAGGGUUUUCUGUUGCAAAUCUAGCGUAUAUUAAACGAGCAAAGAAGAUAUUUCUUAAAAAGUAUUCUAAAGUACAAUUUGUAGUGUUAAGCAAUGACAAGGAAUGGUGUAAAAUGCAUAUCAAAGGGGAUGUGAUCAGUAACUUCACAGAAUCUGGAGAUGACAUGGCUUUAAUGGCAUUGUGUGACGACGUAGUUGUUACAUCAGGAACUUUUGGUUGGUGGGGUGCAUGGCUUUCUGGUGGAACGACUGUAUAUUUCAAGGGAUACCCGAGACCAGGGUCACCUUUAGAUCGUCGUUUCAACAGAACCGAAUAUUAUCCACCUCACUGGAUUGGCAUAUAAGGCGGCCAAAAAUAUUCUUACAGACAUUUCUCAAUGUCAAAUGAACAGUUUUAGUGCCAUUUUGAAGUUUUAAAAAGUCGUGUUGUACGUUGGCUUAUUUUUAUAUCAUUUUUAAUUGUUUUUUUUUUUUUUUGUACUACUUAGCUAUGAGGGCUUUGUAAUCAGUCAACUAAAUUGCAUUUCACGCACUGAUGAAGUAAACACUGAUUAAGUACUAAAGUAACUAAAUUGCUCUAGUUUUUAUUAACUUCUGCCGAAAAUGGCACUCUAUAUGCAAAAAUGGCUUACACAUCAUCAUAACUGAUAACUUCUUUGAAGAGGGGAAGUGCUACGAUCGCUUACGCUUAGCCAGCACGUUUGAUGCCAAUCUUUGACAAUUGCGCCAGGCUCAGUGGUUAGAGCAUUAACUAACGCCUGAACGACCCGGGUUAGAAACCCACCACAUCCAGUAUGGAGUUUUCGUCCAAAAAUGCUAUGACCUCUGAUUUGUUACGGCUGUAUGUCGUUAUAAUACUGACGCCAACAGUUUUUUUUUAUAUUACACUCGUUUGAAAGAUGUUCUUACUUGUAAAUUUGCCUAAUUUCUUACAAAGGCAACCUUUGCGAUUUGACCGGAUAAUUCUUCUGGUGUACGUCCUAAAUCAACUGUUGGCUUUUAGAGAAUAAUCACAAUAACAAUCAUAUUAAAUGCUUUAUCAGCACUACAAUUUUGAUGAGGAUUUUACUUGUCCUAACAUAUUUGAUGAACAACAUCAAGAAGUGCCUUCACUAAAACGAACGAUCAUGUUCAGUAUUUCAUCUUGUUAGCAUUUUCUUUCUAACAUUAAAGUUGAGGUAUUACUGUAUUUUCAUGAACCUUUCACGUUUCAUAAUACGACGAAUGCUUAGAUUCCCAAAGUGCGCGUCUGUUGACCAGAACAUUUUGUCUGUGGAAGCUGAAAUAUCAAACAAUUUUCAGUGGCGUAAAUGUGUACUCAUGCUGACAUAAAGUUCAACAUAAUGCUAAGCAUUAUAACAAUACCUAAUUACGUUCACUUUGCGACUAAAUGUUUUCAGUAACAACUAUUCUCUAUCACAAUAAUAAUCGUUUUAAUAUUACUCUAAAUCUUUGCAUGGCAUACUUCCAUCAAAAAGUACACCACUUGUUUUGUACUACGUUUAAUUGCUUUAUGCUUUUAACUUUUGGCAUAGAUUUUUUUCUAAAUACUUUAAGCAUUAUAACAAUACUUAAUAACAUUAACGUUGCAAUUUAUGUACGUACUUCCGUCUGGUGUCAUGAAUUGCAUUGACUGUAAGUCUUUAAUUGUCUCUGCUGAACAAGGCUGCAAGUUUUGGGUCAGGAUUUUGAGGUCUGGAAAAUAAAAUAUUAAACUGUAGGUUCUUCAUAUCAUACGAAUGUUGUAUUCAGCAAAAUGCAAAAUCUCCAUUGUUAUGCGAAAGCGUAUACCGUACCAAUUAUGGUUGAUGACUUUCUACAUUAGGCGAUCUAACUCUCGCAAAUUGAAUGUUUUUUUUUAAAUGCUUUUUAGCUGUUGCUGACAAAUAACCAAAUGUCAUAUCGGGCUUUAUCUCUUUUAAACAUUGCCUCUGGUUUACAGUUUCAACAUUUCAGCUCUUAUAACACUUAUAUGUCUGUAUAUCUUGUUAACCUUAAACGCCUUCUCCAGAUGUGAAUGGAGAUAAUCAACCUCUUGUAUCAACAAAUACCCGUAGUACAUGGAACAGUUUGGUGCUUCUCUAGAAAUUGUCAGUGCAAAGCGCAUUCAUCAAAUUUCUAAUACACAAGAACUGAAAUAGAGUGUAAAUGAACGUACAAAUGGAUAUUUCUACAGAAGCGUUUCAAGCCAAAUUGUCAUUCAAGGGGUUAUUUGAUUCGAUCUACAGCCUGAGGUCCUUUAAUUCCAUACAACAGUGCAACCAGCACCGUCAAUGUUCGGUUAAGUUAAAGUAGUUAAGCUUCCGUUUGUCAUCGAAAUAUGAAACACUAAUUCUAGGGCAAGUUUUGAUCGGAGUUAUCUCUUACGUCCUUGCUGGAGUACUUUUAAAUCUUCACAUGUAUUGCUCCUUUAGGGCGCAUAAAAUCCUGUAUUGAAUUUACUGUUAAAAACUUUCCUUUGGUAUGUAUUUUUCCUGGGCUUAUUCAGUCUUUUUAGAUAUUCACUAUUGUAAAGUUUGUACAUCUUAUUAAAAAAUUUACUAGCUUCAAUAUAUUCCUUUGAAGACUACGAGCAAAAAUAAUGGGAUGAUACUCUUGGAAUGAGUUGAUGUGAUUCAAUGGUUUCACCAGGCACCUUUUUCCUUGGAGUCUUUCCUAGUUUUUAUUUUUUAUUUUUUUGCAAAUUGUACCUCCGUGCUUCUUAUGUGGUUAUAGGGUAUCGGUUUGUUGUUAUGUCUAGUGUAUUUGCAAAGCCUUGUUCCUUUCAUAUUCUUUAUGGAGACAAUUUUUUGAUUGAUUUGUUCUUUCUCUCAGAUAUAUCUCGUUUUCAUUCCUUCAAUUGACUGUAGUGUUGCCACGAAAAGUAAUGAGCACAUCUGUAUUUUCAAUUCCCUUUACAAUAGUGUGUUUGUUUGUUUGUUUGUUUUGGGUUUAACGCCGUUUUUCACAGUAUUUCAGUAAUGUAACGGCGGGCAGUUAACCUAACCAGUGUUCCUGGAUUCUGUACAAGUACAAACCUGUUCUCCGCAAGUAACUGCCAACUUCCCCACAUGAAUGAGAGGUGGAGGACUAAUGAUUACAGACACAAUGUCGUUUAUCAAAUAGUCACGGAGAACAUACGCCCCGCCCGCGAUCCGUAGACCAACGCUAUUACAUACUGAGCUAAGCGGGCGGGUGCAAUCUUUUGUACUUUCACUUUCUCUAGACCAUUCCUCUAGAGUUUACAUAGAGUUGUUCUAUUUGUCCAUGUUCUCUUUCCAUUGUUUCGUUUCCACUCCUCUUCAGUCCGUAAACACUUUUGAUAUCUUUGUCUUGCUUCAAGUUCAAUUGUAUCUAUCAACUAUUUGUUUCACUCAAUUGUUCUCUUUCAAGUUUGACUUCGACCUCAGGAACAUAAGUAUUCGAGUUAACUUGAGAUGGCGAAGUUUUUAUAUGAUCAUUUACAGAAUGUUCAUAUUGACUUAUAGGCUAUCAUUUAAAUCAUAGAUUCCACUGUUUCCACUGUUCGGUAAGUUUUAUAUUUCUAUGUAUCAGGAAUUCUGUACGUGUAUCUUAAGUUUCAGUCUAACAUUUGAAAUAUGCAAGUGUCUGUUCACUUUUAAGCCCGAAAUGAAAAUUUGUAAUAGUUUGUGCACUUUCAAUCCCACACUGAAAAUCUGUAAGUGUCUGUUCAGUUUCACUUUCACACUGAUAAAUAAAAAAAAAAAAAAAAAAAAA